AAGUAUCAUAUGAAAACAACAAAAUGGCUUCUGAUUCAGAGAAAGAAAAGUAUAAACUAGCGCUCGUGGCAACUAGAGAUAUACGAAAUUUGGUAAAUAAUGUAUUUGAAAAUGCCAUCAAAGACUUCUCUGCGGAUAAGACAAAGUUAAAGGAAACUUUGCUAAAGCUAGAAAAAAAAUUAAGUGAUCUUGAAAAAAUUGGUGUUUCAUUGAAAAAAAUGGAUAACAAGCCGACAAUUUUGGGUAAAAGUGGUUUACUUUGGUCAGAUCCAAUUCAAGAUAAGACACCUUUGUAUGACCAACUUAUGCAAACUUAUUCUUGGACACAACAGCUUAAGUCUCAAGCAAAGACUGCUUCAUUGUGUUUGAAAAGAAAACUUUCGCUUGACGUCAACGAGAUAGCUUUGAAAAAACCUGUGAAAGAGGAUGUUUUGGUUUCUCAAAGCACACUUGCGACAUUUGUUGAUCAAUUAAAGAAAUCAUUUCCAAAGUUAACGAUACGCUGGAACAAAAUUGCCGGAGUCUCGCUUCUUGAAGUAUGUGUAAAACCAAUUUUGUUUGCCAUUGUAAUUCUUCGUGGAUGUACUGUGGAUCGAGUCACAAUCAAAGGCAUUCAUGAAACUUCUGCGGACAAAGAUGAGUUCAUGCAGUGCUCAAAGUACAAGAUAUUUAAUAAAAUGACAGAUAUUGCUAAUGCUUCAUCAUUUUACUACAGUCGACAUGGCAACACAAGUGAAUCAUUAUAUAAAUUAAUUAAUUGGUUGUCGUAUUAUGACAAGCUGUUCAUGGUCAAGUGUAGAAAAUGCAAAAAAUACUUACAGAAAGAGGCUGACAAUAUCCUACCUCCUUGUUGGCUGGACUAUGAAACAUUUCAAUUUUAUCAUAUGCAAUGUCGACCACCAUCUAGUUAAUACUUUUAUGAAGUGGAGUCUCUUUGAAAAUACAUCAUUUCAGUAUA